AUGGAAACACCUGUUUUCGUUGCGCUCCUGUUGCUGGGACUAGUAUCUAUAGGUCACUGUUUUAUAGAUAUCGACCUGUGUCUGGGGCGGUGCGGCUCACACGUGGACCACUCCAAGAGCUGUCAGUGCAACCACGCAUGCACGCGCUACCACGACUGCUGCACCGACUACCACAACACCUGCAGUGGUGGCUCGCACUCUGUGACCACCAACAAUCCGGGCACGUUCAAACCGGUGCAAAUUCAAAACGUCGACAUCAACUCGCUAACAAUGGCCACCAUCGCAGACACCCUCUGGGGUGUCGACACUGACAGGUUUCAGACUGGAGAGAUAACUCUAAACUACGGUUCAAAGACGCACAGUGGAUCCCACAGCGACGUCUCCAAUCAACCACUGUUCGCUAGUGUCAACGAGGCGCGGUUACAACGGCCGGUCUACAAAGCGUUCCUAGCCCUGCUAGACAAUUACAACCCAUCGAGGGGCGUGGCCGACCCCGUCAGUGCCAACGAGCAAAUAGAAAUUAACCACUUCCUCGAUCUUAUCAUGGCAACAGACGUGAUGAAAAUUACAAUGCAGUUUCUUCACAAAAUGGGUCAUUUCAAUGGUGACGAGGCUGCGUUCAGACACACAAUAGAGAGGCUGUGGUUUAGACCGUAUGGACGGAACCCGCACGGUGCCUCGGACAGCAGCGCGUUCGAGCACAUCUUCGUGGGCGAGUUCAAGGGUUCGAGUGUCGGGGGCUUCCACAGCUGGCUACGGUUCUACCUGGAGGAGAAGAGUGGGAACAUCAACUACUUGGGAUACAUGAAGAGACAUGAUCCAUUGCUGAUAGAGUUUACGUUCAAGUGGCGAAACCAUUUCAAGAAGAUCGAUUCGUUCCUGGUCGGCGAUAGUCCAGAGUUCACCAUGGCGCUGGACACGAUCUGCGUCCUGGUUCACCCCGGACAUCUGUGUCACCUCAAACUGGCCAACACCGCCUUCUCCAUCCAAACGUGGGACGUCACCUACAUGGCCGGCACGCAGAUAGCAUCGGCCUACACCAUCCUGUAACUCGCUACACCUUCAUCAUGGCUUCUAAAUUUUUAUAAAAUCCACUAGCCAUGGGAUCAGUGAUUUAAAAAAUGUACUAGCCACGA